AUGGCUAUUCCUGUUAUAGAUUUCAGCACUCUCAAUGGAGACAAAAGGGGUGAAACCAUGUCACUUUUGCAUGAAGCUUGUCAGAAAUGGGGUUUCUUUCUGAUUGAGAACCAUGAAGUUGACAAGAACCUGAUGGAAAAGGUGAAGCAGCUAAUUAAUAUUCACUAUGAGGAUAACCUGAAGGAAAGCUUCUACCAGACUGAGAUAGCAAAGAGAUUGGAGAAAAAACAGAACACCUCUGAUAUAGAUUGGGAAAGUGCCUUCUUCAUUUGGCACCGUCCCAUUUCCAACAUAAGGAAAAUCCCAAACCUCUCUGAGGACCUUUGCCAAACGAUGGAUCAGUAUAUUGAUCAACUGAUUAAUCUGGCAGAGAAGUUGUCUGAGCUUAUGAGUGAAAACCUUGGUUUGGAGAAAAAUUACAUCAAGGAGGCAUUUUCUGGAACAAAUGGACCUGCCAUGGGAACAAAAGUGGCCAAGUACCCUCAAUGUCCACACCCUGAAAUGGUUAGAGGACUUAGAGAGCACACAGAUGCUGGUGGCAUCAUCCUGUUGCUCCAAGAUGACCAAGUUCCUGGCCUAGAAUUCUUCAAAGAUGGCAAAUGGGUGGAGAUUCCACCCUCCAAAAACAAUGCCAUUUUCGUGAACACAGGUGACCAAGUGGAAGUGUUGAGCAAUGGCUUGUAUAAAAGUGUGGUGCACAGAGUCAUGCCUGACAAAAAUGGAAGCAGACUCUCCAUCGCCAGCUUCUAUAAUCCAGUUGGUGAAGCCAUUAUUUCUCCAUCUAACAAGCUUUUAUAUCCAAGUAAUUACCGUUAUGGAGACUAUUUGGAGCUUUAUGGCAACACCAAGUUCGGUGAAAAGGGUCCUAGAUUUGAAUCCAUCAAGACUAUGACCAACGGCCAUUACAAUAAUAAACCUUAA